AUGUCUGAGCAGUCAGUCCUAUUGUCUACUCUGUCUCCGGGAGAGGUAAUUAUCGCGGCACACGGCCCAAUCUACAAUGGACCAGGUGCCCUAAAACCGGACAAUCCGUUUGUUUUACGGAAGCUUGAAAAACAUCAAAAAGAAGCCAUAGAAAGAGCGAAGGGCUAUGCUCUCGAACAGAGUAUAAAGACUGCCUUACUCAAGCAGACACAAUGCCAACAAAAUCUCAUGUCUAACGCUGCGAAGCGAACACAGACUUUAACUCUACUGAAUAGGAUCUACAUAGGAUCCAUCGCAUAUGAUAUAAAAGAGGAGAUGAUCAAACAGGCCUUUCUCCCUUUUGGCCCCGUUAAGUCAGUAAGCAUGAGUUGGGAUCCCACCACCCAAAAGCAUAAAGGAUUUGCUUUUGUUGAGUACGAGUACCCGGAAGCUGCGCAGUUGGCCAUCGACCAAAUGAAUGGGACAAACUUUGGUGGACGUCUGCUCAAAGUUGGCCGCCCAAGCAACUUGCCAAAUGCCAACACUUUUAUAAACGACCUAGUAGAAGAAUUUCAAUUACAGCGGCGGAUUUAUGUCGCAGGCGUACACCUUGACUUGACAGAGCCCGAC